AUGACACUUUCUCUACCUAGUCAGGCAAUUAGCUCCCUCUCCUCAGGACCUGGUACUAGUCUUUUCAAUAUUGGGCAGUCCUUUUAUGGCCUUACAUCGCCUCCUUUCCAAACGGCCUCUCGCUUAUCCACAUCAACUGGUUUAAAUAUCUCCGGUCUUCCUGUGCUAACUGCAACUCCGCAUUCUUCCGUGGCCAACUCCUUCCCAUCCGUUUCCUCCAGCAACCACACAGGCUCCAGCCAAUCCUCCAUCUCCGAGAUAUCUACCGACAUUACACCUGGAGGUGUUAGAGAAUUGUUUUCCACUUCUUCGUUUGAACGCAUUUUAACCUUGCCAGUCACUGACUCUUCUGCUGCUUCAAAUAUUACUGUUACAGUACCCUGCACGCACAGCAGUACCAUUGCUGAUACGGCGACGACUACUACGUUUAUCCUCACUAACGGCGUCGGUUUUGGCCUUGGUUGCCUUGAGCUGACUGGGUUUACUGGUGAGUCAACCUUUUUACACGGCACUCAGGCUACGGCGGCAACUACACCAGACAAAGGGAUGCUACGGUCUUCUAUUGCGCCCACUUGUCGGCUUAGCCCUUCUGAAGCAUCUAUGGAGACCACACCAUGCACUAGUGUUGCUUCAGCCACGGCGGCCAUUCUUAUUCCAGCGACUUCGACACGCGCAAACUCCAUGCCCUCCACUUUUCUGUCUGGCUCUGUUGGAUCCUGUGUAUCUGCUUCGGAACUCUCAGUUCCGAUUAUUUCCUCAUUUCCAACCGCUACUAGUACUGUUGCUACCGCAGUCACUCCUGUAAUUUCGUACCCUGGUCCAAGCAACUUUACUCCUAAUCAAGCUUCCGUUGGUCCUUCUAGCAAUUUGAUGAAUGCCACUAAUACCCAUCUCUCAACCUCUUCGAUCUUUCUGGUGCCCUGUUCCGCCUCGCGUGCUUCCGUUUCUCUUUCUCCUACCCAGCCCAAUUCAGCAGCUUUAUCUGCCGAACAAGCGUCUAUAGGGUCUGCUGGUUAUUCAGCAUUGCCCUCCAUCGGGACCUAUUCCGCUGGCGCCCGCGCUUUUGACACAACAAAUCCGCUACUGCCACGUGUCAGUAUAUUUAGUCCCGGACUCUGCCAGCCCCCAAUGGAGAGCUGCACCGCCGCAGAUGCUACCUUAUCGCCCACCAAAAGGUUUAUUUCUCUGCCAAACUGUUCGACCAACAGCCAUUUGUCUAUGAAUCCUGGCUCUUUCUUGAGUCUUGUUCAGACUAACUCUCCGGAUCUACUGCCCACUGUGCUUCAACAUAAUCAAUUGGGAAACAGCAGAAUUCUCGCCAUACAGCAACCCUCGGCUGCCACAUUUAUGGAAGUUUCUUCCUCAUCUAAUUCCAUCACUAGUACGACUACUUCCACUACUGCUUCAUCAGCAUCCUCCCUGGUUCGUGAGCAUGUUGAGCUUGGUGCUUCCUCUGGCAACUCAUCAUUGGUUGUCAUCCCUAACUCGUCGGCUAGAUCGAACAUUGGUACUCGAUCUCCUAGUCAUCCUGAACAGUUUUCAAUGCCAGUUACUUCGUUCGAUUCUUUCACCAUAUAUCCAUCUUUCUUAUCAUCUCAACAACCAUCGACCACUAAUCACCCUUCCCGCAUGACCGCCAAUGCCAAGGUGAUUGAUGGCAACUGUUGCAGUGGUCAAAGUUCUGAAAUUGUACUCAUGCCAAUAACCAGUAGCCAUAGCAACAUGGGUACACCCUGUACUGCACUAUCUGCAACCAUUUCUUCCCAUCCGCCUCUACUGGAGCCAUUCUCCGUACCCGUCUCUAACAACACGCAUUCGACAGUUUCUACCUUCAUGUUACCAUCGUCUGACGACCGAUUUCAUACAUUAACUGAUACUACCAUCCCUACCACUCUGAUGCUUCAGAGCAAGUCAGUCUCUGAUUCGAGCAGUACUGAAUCGAUGAUAACUCCCGUCACAUUCGUGACUUCCGGACAGGUAGGCCAAUUUACUUUUUCUAACUUUGUUUGCAUAUUUUUUGUUAACUGA